AUGGCAGACAACCUUAAGCGAAUAUUAGUGUCAGGGCUGACAUCAAACCCUAAGUAUAUUCCUACCUGGUAUAACUACGAUGAAGUCGGAUCGAGACUACUUCAGAAAAGUGUCGAGAUAAAUCGGGAUUACUAUUUAAGAGGAAGUGAAAAAGAAUUUCUAGAACAUAGAUCACAGGAUAUAAUUCCGGAUGUUUCCUAUGACCUGACUUUGGUUGACCUCGGAAGCGGAGAUUGUUCCAAAACGCGGCAUGUUAUAGACGAGCUGCUGAAAAGACAGAAAGCACUUACAUUCUACCCAUUGGACAUUUCUGCAGAGUUUCUGUUGGAUGCAGCAAAAGAGAUAUCGCAGGAAUAUGAUGAAUUACUUUUAGUCCGACCUAUAACUGCUGAUUACGUCGAAGGAAUCAAUCAACUCAGUCGAUCUCGGCUUCGAUCAGGAAUGCGGUGA